GCGAGUUACACUUCACCUCACUUCACUAACGCUUCUAAAAGAAGUCUGACGGCCGGUUAAAGGAACAGUUGAGAUGGGUUCGUGGAGUUUGGCAGCUGUAAUAACUGUCCUGUAGACCGUUAUCGGCCGUUUGAAGUCUUGUCUCUGUGGGCUUUGAUAUGAUCGACACUUAUUGUUUACCAUUACAUCUGUGUGUCUAACAGCAGUCGAGCUUUAGGAAGGAAGCAGAAGAGGAAAAGCGACUGACUGCGUACUGCUGGCCCACUAAACACACACAUUUAUAGGGAACAUUCCUUAAAGGGGCACGAUUUUUUAGCAACCUACAUAAUAGCCACAUACAUUCUUAUUUUUUUAAACGUAUUUUAUUUAUAUAAGUGUAAAGACAAAUCAGAGAUCCCCCAGACUAUGUGAAGUUUGGACAGGUUGUGUAGCUGAAGGUUGUUUUUCGUGCUAAAGGAUUGUUUUGCUUGUGUGCUUGUGCUGAUCGAACAUAUAAUCGCUCCAACUGACGUGAUCGAUCAUGGCCACAGAUGUGAUAGUGUCUGAAGAUGUCUCAAACCAGAGAGACUCGAGUGAAAUGAACGCCAACAAAAGUAAUCCCGAAUCAGACACAUCAAAUCGGACAUCCGUGACGCUGGACAACAGAGAUAUAGGAAGCCCUUCAUCAUCAUUAUCAUCGGUUCAUGCUGGAGAAGAAAUAUCGGAGGUCCCCUCAACAGGGAAUUCACUGAAGAAUGGAAACAGUUCGAUCCAAACCGGACACCUGACACAGGAAGCAGCGACUCCAGACAAUGGACAAAAACAAGCGCCGACAGGCGUGAGAUCUUCAACUCCAGUCCGACUGCAAUCAGUUGAAAAUAAUGGAAGUUUUGAGCACCGGGAGUCCGUAGCUACCACAGAGGCGCGGCUGAGAAUGGAAGGGGUGGAGCUAAAGGAGGAGUGGCAAGAUGAGGACUUUCCCAGGCCACUCCCUGAGGAGGAAGAUAUUCAGCUUGAUGAAGAGCUCUUCACUGGCUCAUCUGGUGAUGGAGCACCUGCCUCGCAAUCUUACGGUUUGAGCAGUGCAAAGAAAACCAAAAAGAAACUUUUGGCCCCAGACAUCAGCCUGAAUCUGGACCACAGUGAGGGAUCGGUCCUUUCAGAUGAGCUGGAUGAGAGUACAGAACUGGAUCUGGAUGAUAUAGACACCCCUUCUGACAACAGCAACGAGUUUGAGUGGGAAGAUGACCUCCCAAAGCCUAGAAGCACAGACUUGCUACGUAAAGGAGUGGAGUCGGUGCGGGAGUACUCCAGCUCAGAGGAACGGGAAGAGGGCCGUCGCUGGAGAGUAUUCCGCAUUGGAGACCAGGAGCACAGGGUGGACAUGAAGGCCAUCGAGCCCUACAAGAGAGUUAUCAGUCACGGAGGUUACUAUGGUGAUGGACUGAAUGCUAUCAUCGUCUUUGCUGUUUGCUUUAUGCCUGAGAGCAAUCAACCAAAUUACAGAUACAUCAUGGAUAAUCUUUUCAAGUAUGUCAUAGGAACUCUAGAGCUGCUUGUAGCUGAGAACUAUAUGAUUGUAUAUCUGAACGGAGCCACCUCACGCCGGAAGAUGCCCAGUGUAGGCUGGCUCAGGAAGUGCUAUCAGCAAAUAGAUCGGAGGUUAAGGAAGAAUUUAAAGUCUUUGAUAAUUGUGCACCCAUCCUGGUUUAUCCGCACCCUCCUGGCCAUCACCAAACCUUUUAUAAGCUCAAAAUUUAGCCAGAAAAUCAAGUAUGUGUACAGCUUAACAGACCUGGCUGAACUUGUCCCGAUGGAGUAUGUUUCCAUACCAGAGUGCAUUAAACAGUUUGACGAAGAAAAAAAUAGGAAAAAACAUAAAAGGACUGACCAGGACAUGCAUGGAAAAGUGGAGAUUGCCACAGCUGCGGUGCCAGAGUGAGCUGGAGAAAGAUUUUAAGAGAGAAGCAGGAAGAAAAGAAUGUGUCUGAUUUUAACUGGAGAACGCAAGAUGUCAGAAAAGUGCCUUUAAGGCCGUCACUGCCUGUUACGUUAUGGAACCGUGUUUUUUUUUUUUUUUCUGUUGCAUUUGUGUGCCAAAGGCCUGUCACGUGGCAUCUGAUUUCUCUUCAUCAUGUUUUUUAUUAACCUUUUAUGUAUCAUUUCAAUAAGUAGAUACUGUCAACGUUGUUCUAGUUCCUAUUGCCUUGCUCGUUGUUAAGGCACUCCGUUUUUGAACUAGUUGCUGCAUGUUCUACAUUUACACUUAAAUAUCUAUAUUUAUAUUCAAAAGGUGAUAAAGGAGAAAGAUUAAUAUAUUUUUAUGAUUGAAAUGUUGUUUUUAGGGCCUCAGUCUUGCCUUCUUUGUCAUCUGCUCUCUGAAUGUCUCAUAUACCAGAUACUAUUUACGGCUGAAUGUGUUGUACGAUUCAAGCUUCAGAAAAACGUAUCGAUGAGAAAAGACAGAACGACUGAGGAAACUAUUGCACCAGUAACAGUUGUCCAGUUAAUAUUCAUUAAAUGGUUUGGGAGGGUGGGGUUCUUGCAAGUAAACUUCCACACAAAAAUCACAUUGUCAUUGUGUCUGAAACAACGGAAUGCACUACAGACACUGUUCAGUAUUGUAUUGUCAUUUCCUUUAACGGAAACAGGACAUGAUGAAGCCCUUUUAUUGUGUGGGGCAUCUGCACUCAGAAUAUUUACUCUUUCAUAGAUAAAUAGGAAAUUGAGUGUAUUCACUUUAGGCUUAGUGGUCCUUAAUUUUCCACCUAUUUACUCUUCCUCAUGUUGUUUUAAGCUUAUAUAACUUACUUUCUUCUGUGGAACACUAAAGUAGUUGUUUGGCAGAAUGUUUGCCUCAGUCACCCUUCAGUUUCAUUAUAUGUCAGUCCUUAACAUUCUGCUGUUUGUUUUUCAUGGAAGAAAGAAAGUCAUAAAUGUUUGGAACAAUAUGAGGGUGAAUAAAAGGUGACAGAAUUUUCAUUUUUUGGGUGAAUUAUCCAUUUAAUGCUCUCAUAUUUAUCUACAGUAGCUAUAUUGUCUUUGUCUCUUAGAUUAGACACCAGUUGAGGUUGCCGUAUCGCCACUUUAUGAUCAUGUAAUUGGCCUGCAAGAUUCAAAAGUUUUCAAGAAGAUUCCUUUGAGAAACUCUGCUCAGAAAGUAUAUUCUCCUAAGGGAAGACAUUAAUUACAGUUUAUCUAGUAAUGCAAUAAUAACACUGUCCCAUGCAUAGUAAGGGUAUGCAUUCAAAAGCCAAACAUCUUUAUAUACCUAGAACUAUAUCAUUUAAAAAAGUAAAUAAAGGCUACAAAAACAAAA